GUGUGUGUGUGUGUGUGCCUUCAGUCUAAUAAGAAAUCUUGAUCUGUUCACCAAAAGAGGAAAUCCCGUCCUUUUCAUUGCAGCUCGAAACCUUCGCUGGUGAGACAUAAAACUCGGCUGUGUUUUGGACCAUGGGAGGUUAUUAUGGGCUGGCGGUUCUGGUGGGCGUUGCCUUGCUUCUGACGACCGGCCAAUGUGACGUGAGCUGCAGAGGAACGGAUGGCCGAGCUGGAGAGGACGGAAUCCCCGGCAGGGAUGGAUGGCCUGGAGUGAAGGGCGAGAAAGGAGAGCCAGCUGUGAUGUCCAGCGGUCCGGUGGAUCCAGACGUCCUCCUGAGGCUGAAGGGAGAGAUGGGGAGUCGGGGCAUGCAAGGGGUUAUGGGUCCUAAAGGGUUCCGUGGAGAACUGGGAGCAGGGGGUCGCCCGGGUACCCCUGGUCCCCCCGGCCCUGACGGGAGGAGCCUUGGUCAAGGAGGACACUCCCCUCAGCAGGCCCGUUCAGCUUUCUCAGUGAUGAGAAAUGAUGACAGUUAUCCUCGCUACAACCAGAUAGUAACCUACCAGAUUACUGUGGUCAACACACCUGGGGACUUCAACGCAGCCACAGGUUACUUCACCUGCAGAGUACCUGGUGUUUAUUACUUCACCUUCCACUCUGCGGCCAAGACCAGCAUAUGUCUGCAUAUAGCCAGUGAGGCUCUACUCAACAAGCUGGGAUUCUGUGAUUACAACAAGAACAGGAACUAUGAUCAGGUGCUGUCGGGCGGCGUGGUCUUAGAGCUGAGAGCCCAGCAGAGGGUUUGGCUUGAGUCCUUCCAUGACACGCAGACAACUGUGGAUACGAAAGACACACGCGCAAAACAGAUCAUCUUCAGUGGCUUCCUGCUCUUCGCACAUCAACUCAAAGCCCACUGGUUCCUGCUGAAGAUGUUCUCCAUCAUGCCCCAGCAUUGUUUCCUCAUAAUCAGCACCCUGCUCUCACUGGCCAUACACCAGCUGGUUGCCAUGGAGAGCUGCCCAGCAACAGGGAUGCCAGGAAUGCCAGGUAUUCCUGGGAUGCCUGGCAGAGACGGUCGGGACGGAGGGAAAGGAGACAAAGGAGACCCAGGAACAGUGGGGCACGUUGGCCUUGGGUUUCAGAAGGGGGACAAGGGGGACCCAGGGCUGAUAGGAUUCUCUGGUAAACGAGGCCAGAGCGGAGACCCAGGGGACCCAGGCAUUCCAGGGGUUGCCGGACCUCAUGGAGAACCAGGAGAACCAGGGACUAUUGGCGUCCAGCAGCAGGCAGCCUUCAGUGUGGCCAGAGGAACUGAACAAUACCCGGACAAAGCCAGCAUCAUUCGGUUCACCAGCGUCAUUACCAAUAUCAACAAUGACUACCAAACAGAGACAGGGCGCUUCAGGUGUCGGGUCCCAGGAACGUACUACUUUGUGUUCCACGCUUCUUUAGAGGACAAACUGUGUGUGCUGAUGAAGGUGGACCAAACACUCGUGACAUCAUUCUGUGAUCAUCGCCGUGGCAAGAGACAGACGACUGCGGGCAGCGUGGCGGUCUACCUGUCGAGGAAUCAGGAGGCCCCCCAGUGGCUGAGCUGCAGUACUGCAGUGUUUCUACUCUUGCUUCACAUCGACCCGGUUGUCACACAAUCCUGUGGAACCCCGGGGAUUCCUGGGAUACCAGGUACCCAUGGACCCAAUGGCAAAGACGGUCUCAAGGGAGAGAAGGGAGACCCUGGUGAGGCAGUUCAGCCUGUCAAGGGCCAGAAGGGGAUGCCGGGUCCGCGGGGCCCCCCAGGACGGCCUGGGCUGAAGGGUGACAUGGGCCUUCCGGGGCCUGUGGGUUAUGCAGGCCGGGCAGGGGAGAAGGGAAGGCCCUUCAACCCUUCCAACCAGCAGAAAUCCUUCUUCUCCUACAAACGGAUGCUAGCGCAGGCACCAGAGCUCGAUACUGCCAUGAACUUUAACGGACAGAUUUUGCCAGACCUGGAUCAACAGUUUCAAGGAGAAGCGCUGACAAAUGGAACCUUCAUAUGUGUCGUCAAAGGCAUUUAUUUCUUCAGUUACCACGUUUCAGCAAGGAGCAAAGUGUGCCUGAAACUGGUGAAGGGCAGUGACAGUCACAUGGAGCUGUGUGACGCAUCUGAAGGUUUCCUGGUCACUUCCGGCUCGGCAGUCUUGUCGCUGGAGGCCGGAGAUACGGUCUCACUGCAGGCAACCAAGCACAAUAGCAUAGUGACGAGCCAAUCGAGCACUAGCCACACCUUCACAGGCUUCCUGAUCUUCCCCACCGCCUGA